GUAACUGAAGAGUUCACUUCGCCGCAGUCUCUGUCGCUGCUUCAGUCGCUGCCUCAGUCGCUGUCGCUGUCAUCGUCAUCGUCGCUGCUCUCUACUCUUUGUGCUCUGCGAAAGCAAAGUUGGCGAAUACUCAACUCAACUCAACUCGACUCGACUCGACUCGACAUCGGAGUCUCGACAGAGCCAACGAAUUCGAUCGCCAGGCAAUCAAAUCAAAUCAAAACAGGCAGUCAAACGCAGCGCGUCGACAAUUUUUUUUUUCGUGUUUGCCCCCAUUUAAUAAUACUAAUAACAAUAAUCGUAUCUUCGAGAUACUCCACGCGCCACAACGAAAUAAUAUUUCUAAAGUUUUGCAUUUUUGUUUUUGCUCGCCUGUUUUAUUACACAAUAAUUUGCAAUCAACAUUUUGUUUUUUUUUUUGGUAAUACGUGAAAUUUGCCGUUUCUAAUAAAUUGACUGUUUACGCGACAACAACUCAGUGUGUGUGUGUGUGUGUGUGAGAGUGAGUGAGUGUGCGUUUUGUUUGGCGGUGGCACAUCAGAAUUUCCCGAGCGGAAUUUCCACAGGACUCAUUGCAAAUUGAUGUGUAAAUGACGACAAGUGUUUGCCGGCUUCGAGCAAACAGCAACAACAACAACAAAACGGCCAACACAAGGGAAACAACAACAGCGACGCAGACGGCGAACGCCGCCCGACGACGUCCAACCAUCAGCAUCAAAUCAUUCACAUCCACGCAGUUGCUGCUCCUCAGCAUCCUCAUGAGCCAACUGCAUCAGUUUGCUGGCGGCGGCAUCGGACUUGCAAUGGCAGCUCCAGCUCCAGCUCCAGCUCCAACGCCUGCUUCCGUUUCCGUUUCCGCUUCCGCUUCCCCGCCCACAGCAGCGUCACACGUUCGCCUGCGACUGCAGAAGCGUGAGGACACGCUGAGCUUCAAGCAGCGUUUCCGUCUGGAGCUCAACAGCUCCGUCCUCGAGUGGAGCAAUGGCUGCGGUGGCAAUUGGACGGGCCCAGCGAACGAAUCGCGUGUUGUCAGGCCACAGAAACGCUGUGCUAAACAUAAAAAACUGUUGCGCACUUUGCAAAACAAAACUGGCCUAGAGCUGCGGCAACUGAAGUUUGAGAACAUUCAUCGACAUGGCAAUGAGGCCAUUGACAUCUCAAAGCAUGACCAAUGGAAGGUGCAGAGCAGCCAAUAUAAUUUUCUGCCUCGUCUCAACAGCAGCAACAAAAAUUUUCUACGGCGUGUGCAUCAUGAUAUCCAGUUCUAUGUGGCAUCCUUCAGCUAUCUGCGGCACGCCCAGCUGCACUUCGACUACGAGAAUUGGCAGACGCAGAGCGCGCUGUCCGCCGAGCUGUUACGCUAUCGAACCAGUGCGCGGAACAUUCUCUGCUUAGUCGAGGAGGCCAUCAAUGCGACCAAUCGCCUCUAUGCGCCUAGUCUCAAUCAGAGUCAACAGGAGCAACAACAACAAAAACAACAAUUGUUGUCGCCUGGCGUCGUUGGUAGCAUCAAGACCGUGCCACGAAUGGCGAUGGAGAAGCGUCUGCUGCAGUUCAAGACACCGCUGGUCGAGUUGCACAAUCAGGCGGUGCUGGCGGCAGGAAACAAAGCCGCUGCUAAGCCGCAGGAGCCACAUGUGUUAGACGCUCUAUUUCUCAAGUUUCAAUACAUUGAGUACCUGAAGCACCUCACAAAAGCGUUGGCCAAACAGCGGACCAAAAGGAAGUGCAAGGCCAAAGCAGCAGCGAAAAAACAGACGCAGCCACGUGUGAAAUCACGAGCGAAGCAUCAGCAGAAACAGAAACAGAAGCAGCCAAAAGGAGCGUAGUUUCUAGUUUUCUAUUUUCCACUGGCCACUUUUAUUUUAUUAUUUAUAGUUGACAUAAGUAAAUUAUUCUAUUUUAUAAAAUACUGUACUGAAAAUCCAUUCUCAAGAACGGCUAUGAGACAUCCGAAUCCGAACUUCGAAACGCCCAAAACAAAACAAAACAAAAAACUACAUUUCCAGCAAUCUACAUUAACUAUUUAUUAUCAGCACGAUGAACAUUUAUUACCUUAAUUUUAGUUUAUACUCUCAUUCUAUUUUUUUUUUUUUUUUUUUUUUUUUUUUUGUAUCAUGAAGUUUUAUUUAUUUCCCCCAAUCAAAUACAUUCCACGCACAUUCGAUAUAGAGAAAUAAGUAUUCACUAUUGUAAGAUCGCACGACUUUUGCCUUGUAUUAUAAUGCUGUGAUAAUAGUUGAUAGACAACGCUCGCUCUUUUUUUAUCGUUCAAAUACGAGAAAAUACACAAAACGCGUUUGCAGAAUAUCCAUAACAAACAAAAUAUCUCGCCCAGUUUGCUAUCAAUGCAUUAUAGGAAUAUAGUAAUUACGUUAAAAAUAGAAAUCUAGAAAUCUAGUAGGUACUUAAACGUGUUUUUUUUUACCAACAUUUUUAUGUACGACCAACAAAACUGUUUGUAUUCAACAUUUGUAAUUCCAAUAUAUUUACAAUAUA